ACUCCCGCGUUUGCUGGACGUCAGAGGCUGAACAGGAGACUUUUCGACUGUCUUUGAUGUGCAGUGACGAGGAGCCUCUGAGCAGCCCGAGCCCUCGGCGCAGUACCUGGGAAGCCUGUGAAAGAGAGAGCAUCACGCUGAGCAGCCUCUGGAAGCUCGGAUGUAGAGGAAGGAGCCAGUUUUCAGAGGAUUUGCCGCGGAUCACACGACCGCCACCUGCCCGGCCCCGGGGAAGAGUAGCCACCAUGUUUUCCGGAGGGACAGGACCUGGAGCUGCUGGGAAGAGGAGGGUCUGUCUCCUCUCCUUGCUGCUCCUUGGCCUCUGGGGCUGUGGGACCUGUCAUGGGAGCCCUGUAGAGGACAUCUGCACAGCCAAGCCUCGGGACAUCCCUGUGAACCCCAUGUGCAUAUACCGUUCCCCAGAGAAGAAGGUGUCGGAGGAUGCAGGCUCAGACCAGAAGAUCCCCGAGGCCACCAACCGGCGGGUCUGGGAACUGUCCAAGGCCAAUUCCCGCUUUGCCACCACCUUCUACCAGCACCUGGCAGACUCCAAGAAUGACAAUGACAACAUUUUCCUAUCGCCCCUGAGUAUCUCCACAGCUUUCGCUAUGACCAAGCUGGGGGCCUGCAACAACACCCUCAAGCAGCUGAUGGAGGUUUUUAAGUUUGAUACCAUCUCCGAGAAGACAUCUGACCAGAUCCACUUUUUCUUUGCCAAACUGAACUGCCGGCUCUAUCGAAAAGCCAACAAAUCCUCCCAGUUGGUAUCAGCCAACCGCCUCUUUGGAGACAAGUCCCUUAAUUUCAAUGAGACCUACCAGGACAUCAGCGAGGUGGUGUAUGGAGCCAAGCUCCAGCCCCUGGACUUCAAGGGAAACGCAGAGGCGUCCAGCGCGACCAUCAACCAGUGGGUGGCCAACAAGACCGAGGGGCGCAUCACUGACGUCAUUCCCCCGGAUGCUAUUGACGAGUUCACGGUUCUGGUGCUGGUCAACACCAUUUACUUCAAGGGCCUGUGGAAGUCCAAGUUCAGCCCUGAGAACACAAGGAAGGAAUCUUUCUACAAGGCCAACGGGGAGUCGUGCUCGGCGUCCAUGAUGUACCAGGAAGGCAAGUUCCGCCAUCGGCGAGUGGCGGAGGGCACCCAGGUGCUCGAGCUGCCCUUCAAGGGUGACGACAUCACCAUGGUGCUCAUCCUGCCCAGGCCUGAGAAGAGCCUGGUGAAGGUGGAGCAGGAGCUGACCUUGGAGGUGCUGCAGGAGUGGCUGGACGGGCUGUCUGAGGUGAUGGUGACGGUCCACAUGCCCCGCUUCCGCAUCGAGGACAGCUUCAGCGUGAAGGAGUGGCUGCAAGACAUGGGCCUUGUGGACCUGUUCAGCCCAGACAAGUCCAAGCUCCCGGGCAUUGUGGCCGGAGGCCGGGACGACCUCUACGUCUCGGAUGCGUUCCAUAAGGCAUUCCUUGAGGUAAACGAGGAAGGCAGUGAAGCAGCAGCUAGUACCGUCGCCUUGAUUGCUGGCCGUUCGCUGGGUGCCAACAGGAUGAUCUUCAAGGCCAACAGGCCCUUCCUGGUUCUUAUAAGAGAAGCUGCUCUGAACACCAUUAUCUUCAUGGGCAGAGUAGCCAACCCUUGUGUUGACUAAUGUGUUCUUAGUCUUUGCACCUCUUCCUGUUUUGGUUUGUGAACAGAGGUACAAAUAAAUACGAUUGCUCCCA